UCCUCUGAAAUUGCAAACUUUGAAAAUCCAAGAUCAGAAACAUGGCGGAAUUCCUGUGGACCUUUGCUGUACAAGAAGUGCUGAAGAAGACGGUGAAGUUGGCAGCUGAGCAGAUCUGCCUGUCAUGGGGGUUCAUGGAUGAACUCUCAAAGCUUAAGGACUCUUUACUCAUGGCGCAAGCCAUCCUAAGGGACAUUGAUAGAAUGAAGACAGACCUCGAAUCCUUGAAGCUAUGGGUGAAGAACCUUGAAGAUAUCGUCUUCGAAGCUGAUAUUGUACUUGAUGAGCUCGCUUAUGAAGACGUUCGACGUAAAGUAGAAAUCGGGAAAGAUCUGAAGGUGGGAGAGCAAUUGGGAGCUACACGAACAUAGAAGAGGGUCAUCUUGGACGUUGGUCAUGUAUAUUUAAGUUUUUUGUUCUUUUAGAUUUGUAUCUCAU